GGGACAGGCCCCCGCUGCUGCCGCCGCCGCCGCCGCCGCUGCUACUGCUGCUCACAUCCCGCUUCGGUUCGGCCGCCGCUGAGGUACACAACACUGCACACCGAGCCAGGGAGGCAUGCCGAAGUCUGACUUUGGGCAGGAUGAGUUUAAAAGAUGCUGGCAGUGCUGUUUGCCAGGAGAAGGCAGCUUAUCAUCUUCAUAUUUACCCUCGGCUGACUACAGAAAGUGAGGCGUUCUGCAGAGUAACGGCCACUAAAGAUACCACCACUUCAGAUGUCAUCAAGGACGUAAUAGCAAACUUGAACUUAGAUGUCACCAAGUGUUACGUUCUUGUGGAAGUAAAAGAAACGGGAGGUGAAGAAUGGGUACUAGAUGCAAACGAUUCACCUGUGCACCGAGUAUUACUCUGGCCUCGGAGGGCACAAGAUGAGCAUCCUCAAAAGGAUGGCUAUUAUUUUCUUUUGCAAGAGAGAAACACAGAUGGGACCAUAAAAUAUGUUCACAUGCAGCUGAUCUCUAAAGCAAAGGAAGCUCGAAGUUUGGUUGAAAGGGGCUUUCUUCCUUGGCAACAGGAAGACUUUGAUGAUCUUUGUAAUCUUCCUAAUUUAACAGAGGCAAAUCUUUUGAAGAAUUUGAAGCAUCGUUUUUUACAACAGAAAAUAUAUACUUAUGCAGGAAGUAUCCUUGUUGCAGUUAACCCCUUCAAAUUCCUACCCAUUUACAACCCUAAGUAUGUCAAAAUGUAUGAGAAUCAGCAGCUUGGGAAGCUGGAGCCUCAUAUCUUUGCUAUUGCAGAUGUGGCCUACUAUACUAUGCUCAAGAAACAUAUCAACCAAUGCAUAGUUAUUUCAGGUGAAAGUGGGUCUGGGAAGACACAAAGUACAAACUUUUUAAUUCACUGUCUGACUGCCUUAAGUCAGAAAGGGUACGCGAGUGGAGUGGAAAGGACGAUUCUGGGUGCUGGCCCUGUAUUAGAGGCAUUUGGAAAUGCCAAAACAGCCCACAACAACAAUUCAAGCCGUUUUGGGAAAUUCAUUCAAGUCAACUAUUUGGAGAAUGGCAUUGUCCGAGGGGCUGUUGUUGAAAAAUAUCUGCUUGAAAAAUCUCGCCUGGUGUCUCAAGAAAAGGAUGAAAGAAACUACCAUGUGUUCUAUUAUUUGUUACUUGGAGUCAGUGAGGAAGAGCGCAAAGAAUUUAAGCUCAAACAACCUGAAGACUACUUCUACCUCAACCAGCAUAACUUGAAGAUUGAAGAUGGAGAAGAUCUGAAACAUGACUUUGAAAGAUUAAAACAGGCCAUGGAAAUGGUUGGCUUUCUUCCAGCAACUAAGAAACAGAUUUUUUCAGUUCUAUCAGCUAUCUUAUACCUGGGUAAUGUCACCUAUAAAAAGAGAGCUACAGGUCGUGAUGAAGGUUUGGAAGUGGGACCCCCAGAGGUACUAGACACACUGUCACAACUUCUAAAGGUAAAGCGUGAAAUUUUAGUGGAAGUUCUGACCAAAAGAAAAACUGUGACUGUCAAUGACAAACUUAUUCUUCCCUACAGUCUCAGUGAGGCAAUAACAGCUCGUGACUCAAUGGCAAAAUCGUUAUAUAGUGCUCUCUUUGAUUGGAUUGUUCUCCGUAUCAAUCAUGCUCUCCUCAAUAAAAAGGACAUGGAAGAAUCGGUUGCAUGCUUGUCCAUUGGGGUGCUGGACAUCUUUGGAUUUGAAGACUUUGAAAGAAACAGUUUUGAACAGUUCUGCAUAAAUUAUGCAAAUGAACAACUUCAGUAUUACUUCAAUCAACACAUUUUCAAACUAGAACAGGAAGAAUAUCAGAGUGAAGGAAUCACUUGGCACAAUAUUGACUACACAGAUAAUGUGGGGUGUAUUCACUUGAUCAGCAAAAAGCCAACUGGCCUUUUCUAUCUGCUAGAUGAAGAAAGCAAUUUUCCACAUGCCACCAGUCAGACUCUGCUGGCGAAGUUCAAACAGCAACAUGAAGAGAACAGGUUCUUUGUUGGGACCCCGGUAAUGGAGCCUGCAUUUGUCAUCCAGCAUUUUGCAGGGAAAGUUAAAUAUCAGAUAAAGGAUUUCCGAGAGAAGAAUAUGGAUUACAUGAGACCUGACAUUGUGGCUUUGCUCAGAAGUAGUGAGAGUGACUACAUUCGGGAAUUAAUUGGGAUGGAUCCUGUGGCUGUGUUCCGCUGGGCCAUCCUCCGAGCAGCCAUUCGAGCAAUGGCCGUUUUCCGGGAGGCAGGACGACUCCGUGCUGAGAGGGCCGAGAGAGCUUCAGCUGGUGUGGCAUCCCCUACAAUCAGAACUCCCCUGGGAGAGCUACAGAAAACCAAUACUCCGACGGAAAAAGUUUAUCGGGAUUUGCAUGACCAAAUCAUCAAGACUAUAAAAGGACUGCCCUGGCAGGGUGAAGACCCUCGUAGGCUUCUUCAGUCCCUCAGUCGGCUUCAGCAGCCCCGGGCCCACUUCCUGAAAAGUAAAGGUAUCAAACAAAAGCAGAUCAUUCCAAAGAAUUUGCUGGAUUCCAAGUCUCUGAAGCUUAUUGUCAGCAUGACGCUCCAUGACCGCACCACCAAGUCCCUUCUGCAUUUGCAUAAAAAGAAAAAGCCUCCUAGCAUCAGUGCCCAGUUCCAGGCCUCCCUUAAUAAGUUGUUGGAGACAUUGAGUAAAGCUGAGCCUUUCUUCAUUCGAUGUAUUCGCUCCAAUGCUGAGAAGAAAGAGCUCUGCUUUGAUGAAGAACUGGUUCUGCAGCAGUUAAGGUACACUGGAAUGUUAGAAACCGUACGCAUCCGGAGAUCAGGUUACAGUGCCAAGUCUACCUUUCAGGAUUUCACAGAUCAGUUCCAAGUGUUAUUACCCAAAAAUGCCAAACCUUCAAAGGAGUUGAUAUCUGCUCUGCUAGAGAAGAUGGGCAUGGACAAGAAAAACUACCAAAUAGGAAAAACUAAGGUGUUCAUGAAGGAAACUGAGCGGCAGAUCCUCCAGGAGACACUUCACAAAGAAGUGAUUCGGAAAAUCAUUCUCCUCCAGAGCUGGACCCGAAUGGUCUUAGAAAGAAGACAUUUCCUCCAAGUGAAACAAGCAGCCAUCACCAUUCAGGCUUUUUGGCGUUCUUACCGAGUUAGGAGGACUCUAGCAAAGGCUGAAGCAGCUGUUUAUAUUCAGGCAGUUUGGAGAGGAUACCAACAACGGAAGGCCUACCAGAGGCUAAGGCGGAGCGCUCUUCUCCUUCAGACUGCAGGCAGAGGAUACCUACAGAGACAACGCUUUGGCCAGAUGAUUUUAGAAAAGAAGAGGAUUGAGGAAAAGAAAAGGGAAAUGCAGCAGGCCCUGGAGAAAGAAAAGGAAGACACUGGAUUCCCUGAGGCAGAGAACAGGGAGCCGGUGCCCAAGGAGGAAGCUGUUACAUCAGAGAUGGAAUUGAUUCCUGUUUCUGUUCCAGAGCAUCAGCUGCAUGAAACACAUGGAGCAGAAGAUGAAAAACAUAAUUUACAAAAAGAAAAAGAAAACCAGAACGCCGAGAAGACUCUUCCUUCUCAGAAAAAUCUCGUAGAAAGUCAUGAAAAGAGCACAAGUAGCCGAGAAAAGCGUGAAUCACGACGGCAAAGGGGUCUUGAACAUGUCAAUCUACAGAAUAAGCACAUACUGUCCUGCAAGGAAGAUGGCAGUAUCAGAGAACCUCCAGGAAAGAUAGUCCAGGAACAAAAUGAAUAUUGGCAAGAAGUUACUUUGCAAAGUAAAAAAGAAGAGAAAGUCCCUUCAGACAUAAACUCUCUUGAUGAAAUAAUGGGCAAGGAAAAUUUACCGGAGAAAAAAUCAACAGAAUUAAAGCAGGAAUUUUCAGGUAACCAGGCUAUCGAAUCUAAGAAAAUGGGAGAAAACCAGAAGCUGCAGCAAAAAGGAACUCAGAGUCACAGCAAUCUCGAAAGGCCGUCUACUCUUCCCCUGAAUGACAAGGUUACCAAAGAUGCUGCUGAACAACCCCAAGAUAAACACAAGCCAAGCACUGGCCAGAAAAAAAAUGAAGGGCCAGAGAGUCCUUCUGCUUCCCAGAUCCAGAGAUACCGAGAAACUGAUAGUGAGCGAUUGUCGACUGUAGUAGAGUUAUGGAGAGGAAAGAAAAUGAUGGUUGCUGGCACUGGUACAGUGCUGAGCCAGUCCCUGGACCUGAGUGAGAAACACAGGACUGUUGGGUUACCCCUAACGCCGGGAGAGGAUCGAGGAUUUUCUUUAUCAUUGAGUGAUGUUGAUAAACUAGUUCCUUCAUCUACCAAGAAUCAGGUGUCUACAGAAGGGGUGGAUGGCAGCAGGCUCUCCAAAAAGCAUACCAUACAGAGGAAGAAGCCUGGGGAAUUGUCUGCCCACAGCGACGGCCUGUCCGCAAGCCAGCAGGCUGACUCCAAAUCCACAUUUAAAUGGCUUUUCAUGCCUAAAAAUAAAGAUAAGAAGUACAACAUAGAGGGAACAGAGGAAAUGGAGACUGCCGCUCCUGUACCUGCGAUGUUGGAAGCUAUAGCAUCGAAAAGAACCUCAGAAACACCAUCUGGACAUCAGAACCGCCCCCACACAGGAGAGCGAGACCGCCCUGUGAAAGAGCCAGCUAGCAAAACAAAGAAGAAUCGUAACAUUAAGAUUGGUAAAAUCACAACAGUGUCUGAGAAGUGGAGAGAGUCUGUGUUCCGGAAAAUAACAAAUGCCAACGAACUGAAAUACCUUGAUGAGUUCCUUUUGAACAAGAUAAAUGACUUGCGCUCUCAGAAGACUCCCAUUGAAAGUUUAUUUAUUGAAGCCACAGAAAAGUUUAGAAGCAAUAUAAAGACUAUGUAUUCUGCUCCGAAUGGAAAAAUUCAUGUUGGCUAUAAAGAUCUGAUGGAAAACUACCAGAUCGUAGUAAACAACCUGGCAAUGGAAAGAGGAGAAAAGGAUACCAACCUGGUCCUGAAUCUGUUCCAGUCCCUUCUUGAUGAGUUCACCAGAGGAUACACAAAAAAUGACUUUGAACCACCAAAGUUAAGCAAGUCUCAGAAGAAAAAGAGAAAGCAAGAUCGUGCAAUCCAGGAGCACAAUGGGCAUGUGUUUGCAAGCUACCAAGUGAGCAUCCCCCAGUCCUGCGAGCAUUGCCUGUCCUACAUCUGGCCCAUGGAUAAAGCACUUCUUUGCAACGUUUGCAAGAUGACCUGCCACAAGAAAUGUGUGCACAAAAUUCAGACUUGUUGUUCCUCUUUUGGAAGGAAGAGUGAGCCCGGAGCGGAGACGAGGCACUUUGGGGUGUGUGUGAGCAACCUGACCAGCGACAAGAUUUCAGUGCCCGUGGUUCUGGAGAAGUUACUGGAGCACGUGGAGAUGCACGGCUUAUACACUGAAGGGAUCUACCGAAAGUCGGGGGCAGCCAAUCGAAUGCGAGAGCUCAAACAAUCCCUGCAAGCAGAUCCUAAUUCUGUGAAACUGGAGAAUUACCCCAUUCAUGCCAUCACUGGUGUUUUGAAGCUGUGGUUGAGAGAGCUGCCAGAACCUCUUAUGACAUUUGCUCAGUACAAUGACUUUCUCCGAGCUGUUGAGUUACCAGAGAAGCAAGAACAGCUCGCCGCUAUCUAUGCUGUCCUAGAGCAUCUUCCCCAGGCCAAUCACAACACCCUGGAGCGGCUCAUCUUUCAUCUUGUCAAAGUGGCCCUAAUCGAGGAAGUGAACAGGAUGUCGCCCAGUGCUCUGGCAAUCGUCUUUGCCCCGUGCUUGCUGCGCUGUCCUGAUCAUUCCGAUCCCCUCACCAGCAUGAAGGAUGUCUUGAAAACAACCACGUGUGUAGAGAUGUUAAUCAAGGAGCAAAUGAGAAAGUACAAGAUAAAAAUGGAAGAAAUUAACCAGUUGGAAGCAGCAGAGACCAUUGCUUUUCGAAGAUUGUCACUUCUCCGGCAAAAUACACUGUGGCCUCUAAAACUGGGGUUUUCCUCUCCCUAUGAGGGGGUGAUGAACAAAAGCCCCAAGUCUAAGCUCAGUGAUGGCAGUGUAGACGGACUAGGCGUCCUGCAGGAGGAGCAAGCCGAAGGAGAUGAUGACCGGGAAAAGGAAAUUCUGAUUGAACGCAUCCAGUCAAUAAAGGAAGAAAAGGAAGAUAUAACUUACCGGUUACCCGAAUUAGAUCAGCGAGGCUCAGAUGAGGAAAAUCUGGAUUCAGAGACAUCAGUAAGCACCGAGAGCCUUCUGGACGACAGAGCAGGGCGGGUGGACACGGAAGGAAUGGUUACAUUCGCAUUUCCUUGCCACAACCUGCCUACUUCUAGAACAUCCAGCAUUUCAGUUCCUUUGACGUCCUCACACUCUCAUCCAGUCUCUUCUCAGCUGAGACAAAGACCAUCUUCAAUGACGGUUAGAAUUAAAAUUCCUCGGAGGACUCCUAUCAUGCCAACAUCAAAUAUCAAGCUCCCGUAUGGCAUGUCAACCCACCUGCAGAGGCGGACUUCAUCCCUAAAGGAAGCCGAGGUCCCGGUGAAACGCAGGGAGCAGCCAGCCCGGCGAACGGACCAGAUUCAGUCUGUGUACAUCACCGCAGGAGGUGACCCAGGCCGAGCUCAGGAGCCUUUGACUGACUACAACCUGGCAGCCGCAGCAAAGCGCAGACACUCUGACCCUCCACUUUACCCUUUCGUUCCCCACGUGAACAAGGCUGAUGGCUGAAGUCGGACCCAGAGUGGACCAUUCGAGUCGUAACUUCCCUGCAGCUGAUGAUAAGCUCUUCUGGCCUGUUGUUUUGUUGGGGAGCACACACUUGUGCUUGUGUGCUCAUAAGUGAGACAGAACCGACUGGGACACAGUGUGCCUUGGUCUUCCGGAAAGUGUCCCUGCAGGAGUUAGGCAGUAGGGCUCCAUAAUCAAUUCUCUACUCUUGGAGCACUUAUUAAAUUAAAAUCUGUAUAGGUAUUAAAUCAUGAAAUUACCUUUUCAGAUGAGCCUGCUAUUUGCAAGCUGUACCUGGUGCUGUGUCAGCUCCUCUUUGCCUUUUGUAUUUGCUCACUGUGGGUUAUCUAAUAGGACCAAAAGGGAGAACAGGCCCCUUUGCCAAUGUUUCCCAGCUCCGCCCUUUUGUAUGUUUUUAUGGUAACUAUUUGUAUGCAGUUUACAAAAUUUUAAAAAUGUAACGGCCUUAAUGGAAGACCAAAUUAUAUAUAUUAUAUAUAUAUAUACAUAUAUAUAUACUUUUAUAUUAAUGCUGUGCAGCUUUCCUUUAAUAUGUAUUUAAGUUAAUGAAGAGUUGGGGCCAUUAAUUUGACCACAGCACACUUAUAAAACUUCUUUUCAGGUUGGUGAAGAAUACAUCAUUCCGAGAACUCAAAAGCAAAAAUAUUUUCACUUGAAAAUAUGGAAAGAACUUUUACAGUUGUGUCUUCCCUGAUCACAUAAAAGUACUGUUUGGACCAUUGUGAGAAAGCAUUUGACCAUCCAAGGUAGACUACAGAUAAAUUCUCCAGGGAAGCAUCCAUCUGACACGCCCCGAAGACAUUGGGAUCGAGGGCAUGACGUGGCCGCUUGUGAUGGUCUCCUCACUGCUACACAGUCUGUGCCAUGGGAGCGAGGAAGUGAAGUUCUGUGUGCCAGAGCCCGUUACCAUGAAGAGAAGGGACUUUUUACUUAAAUGACUUGUUGUUCAUAUGUUGCCUUUGCUGCCUUGUCUUGUCUCCUUUGUAUUUUUUUUUUGUGAUUGACUAUAAGAAAGAAAAGUCAUACCUGUAAUGAGGACAAACUACAGAGUGGAAAUAAAAAAAACAGGGAUUUUGCUUUCAACAGACAAAAUGGAAAAAAGAGGAGAGGUGAUGAUCUUCAGGUCAUCCCGAGGAAAGCAGCAGAGGACAUCUUUCCUCCAUCACUUUUCUCCUCUUUCCCACAUGCUGUCCAGUUCAGAAAUGAACCCAGAAUGGCUAAGGGCCAGGGCAGGGCCUCAGCUCUUUUUCCUCAUGUCCUUAAUAAUAAAGCUGAAACAUUCCUGUACUUUCAUUAGAGUGGAGGUGUCUGGCCCUGGCCUGUGCUCUGGUAUUUUCCUAAGCUGCCUGUUCUCUCCCUGGUACCUCUGCAGCCAAAUAUGCCAGGGCCUGGUGAUGCUGCCCUUCUGUCAAAUAGAAAAGUGCCUGCACAGUUGACUUGUAAUAAAUGAUGACUUCCUUGUUUUUGCCUGU